CAUCACUAUCCGGACCUGCCAUGAGCAGACCACCGCCUCCAGACAUCGCUCAUCAGGUGGAUGGUGACGACGACCGCCUGAAUCUCUUCGAUUUCCUACACUCUGCUGCCGCCAACCACACCCUUGCCAUCUCCCGCGAUCAAUCUAUCCCCGAGGACCACCACCUGAACCAGCACCUCCCCGAGAGCCUCCUCCACCAGAACCUCCACCAGCAGCAGCAACUCCGCCACCAGCACCACCCCCAGCACUACCAUCAGCAACAGCAUCGAUCCGCUCGGCAGCCACCGCAGACCACAAUCGAAUCGGCAUCGGCAGACCGAAAGAGACGGCAUACCGGCUCAGAUCACACGGGCAGGUCUCAUCCUCACCCUAGCUAUCUGAGCAGAGGCCCAGGCGCAGGCGUCAGCGGUGACUCAGGGCGAUCAACUGCUCAGCAGGCGGGGACCAGUGUCGAGCACGCGAUAGUCUUGACCUCUUCACCAUCACCACCACCACCACCAUCUGCACGACCCACGACACAGUUCACACACUCCAGCAUGGAAAACAGCAACAGCAAUAGCAGCAGCAGCAAUAACAACAGAAAUAUGGGCUCCGCUCAACCACAAACAAGUCAAGACAGCGACGCUCUUCCCCCCCGCUGGCAACCAGACAAUGAUGUGUCCCAGUGCCCCGUCUGCGACACCGACUUCAGCCUCCUAUACCGCAGACAUCACUGCCGCAAGUGUGGACGAGUCGUAUGCGCACGCUGUUCGCCACACCGUAUCACCAUCCCCCGACAGUACAUUGUGCAGCCGCCCGAGCAGCAGCGCCUGUUUCUGUUCAAUGAAGAAUCCUCCACCGACCUGAGUGACCCAGCACUCGGCGGUGGUGAGGUUGUUCGUGUCUGUAAUCCCUGUGUUCCUGAUCCAUGGCACCCCGAUACAUCAUCACCACCGCGAGCGCCCCUUCGCCCCACGCCCCGUACUCCGGGGCCAAUGUUUUCGGAACCGCCUCGUGCCUCUCCCCUACCACUGCUCACGUCCGCAGAUGCCGACCGCUAUCUGGCAAACUUGAGGGACCAACGCGAUCCGGAGAGAUCAAUCUCGAUGCCAUUUGGUGGACGCAACCGCUCUCAAAGUCACCAGCAGGCCAGCGAACGCGAGCAGCGCCGUGGUUCCGACUUUGCACGCUUGCUCCCCAUGAAUUCCAGUGUGGAUCGACAUUCGCGCAACCACCUUCACUACUUUCCACAGUACCCACACGCUCACGAAGCCACGUCCCGACAGUCGCACCGGAGUCUGCUGCGAGACCAGCAGGCUCACCUCGAUAUGUUGAGUCGCCAGCACGAUAGCAUGAGAAUGGCCCGGGCAACGGGCGAGAACUUUGAGCCCCAUUGGGAACAUCCUCCGCCGAACACAGGGGCCUCGCCAGCGCCGCCGCCGCCGCGACGUCAAGUGGCGGAGGAGGAUGAGUGUCCCGUCUGUGGCGAAGAGAUGCCGCCAGGGGAAGCCAGUCGCGAGCAGCACGUGGAAGAGUGCAUUGCAACACGGAUGGCUCCCAGUUCGACCUCCCCGCCACCGGUGCGACCGACAACGACCAACAGCGCUCCCGCAGAAGGCUCCCGACCGCGUGCAGUAAGCUUCCGACCACGCGGUAUGGUGAAGAGUGUUGCCACGGAGAAGGACUGUGUGGACGGAGACGGGGAGCCGCGAGAGUGCUCCAUCUGUCUCGAGGAAUAUGAGCCGGGCGUGGAGCUGGGCAGGAUGGAGUGCCUAUGUCUGUUUCACGCAAAGUGUAUUCGGGAGUGGUGGGAGCAGAAGGGCGCAGGAGCCUGUCCAACACCACACUUUGACUAGCAUUGAGCAGCGAUUUGAUGACUACGACGAUUCACGAGAUACCCGCAUUGUAUGGCGUUUGGGGCUGCUUCACUUUAGAAGGCCUAAUGGGUGUGGCCGCGUUUGCUAAACAGUGCAAGACAUGGCAAUGAGAUUUCAUCUUCAAACUCUAGAACAGAAUUC